UUUUUAAAAAAAAAUCUAUUUUAUUUCAACCUUCCUUCAACUUUAUCUGAGCAUCUAUGAUCUACUUUGUUUUAUCAUUUUGGUUUUACAAUAAUAGUUUGUUGAGUUGCCUCUUUUGACCCAAAAAAGAGUUGAGAAAUUAUUUUCUGAUACAAACUGCUGGGAACUUCUGACAGAAUACUCACAUGUUUUGCAGCUUUUCUUGAUACCUUUCCCUAACACUUUCUUAAGCUCUCCUCCUCACAUUUGUACUACAUUGGUGUGAUAUAUUCCUGGCCAUGAAUGAGUUUACUGCAUGAAGAUUCGAUUUUGGUGUCGAAAACCGCCGAAAUUCUCGAUUUUGAGAUCCGGGUAGUGGAAGGUUUGCUGAGCAGCGUGAGCAAGUUUUGUUCUUCGGAGCAGAAAAGAAGCAAUGGUGGUCGUGGCGAUGGAGAGCCCGAAUUACUCGGUAGUCGAGAUCGACGUCCCCCCCGCUCACUCCGCCGACAAGGGCCGCGGAAAGAAUGCGAAGCAGUUCACAUGGGUCUUACUUCUCAAAGCUCACCGCGCCGUCGGUUGCCUCGCUUAUUUGGCUGCCACGCUUUGCGCCCUUCCUAAAACCAUAAAGAAGAGGCUAACACUUCAGCACCAGAUCCCCUCCAAGAGUGAUAAGCUCAGCAAGGGAAGUUUACUGUUCAAGUUCAUCAGGGGGUUCUUGGUUCUGUCUCUGGUCACUCUCGCCUUCGAGCUCGUUGCCCAUUGGAAUGGAUGGAACUUUCAGAAGCCGAAUUUGCAUUUGCCGGAGAGCAGGGAGAUUCGAGGGUGGACGCAUUCGGCGUACCUCUCGUGGCUUUUGUUCCGCGCUAACUACAUUGCGUACCCGAUUCAGGUUAUGUCGAAUAUAUGCGUCGUUCUCUUCCUCAUACAGUCGGCUGAUCGGCUCAUCUUGUGCCUUGGUUGCUUCUGGAUUAAGCUGAAGAAUAUCAAACCGAGAAUCGAAGGAGAUCCUUUCAAAGCAGAUGAUGGUUCGGAGUACGAAUACCCGAUGGUUCUAGUUCAGAUUCCUAUGUGUAAUGAGAGAGAGGUUUACGAGCAAUCGAUUUCAGCUGUUUGCCAACUUGAUUGGCCGAAAGAUCGACUUCUGAUUCAAGUUCUUGACGAUUCAGACGACGACAGCAUCCAGACAUUGAUCAAGGCUGAAGUUUCCAAAUGGAAGCAGCGAGGAAUCGACAUAAUUUAUCGGCAUAGGCUGGUUAGGACCGGUUACAAAGCUGGGAAUCUGAAGUCCGCGAUGAGCUGCGACUACGUUAAGAACUGCGAAUUUGUUGCGAUAUUUGACGCCGACUUCCAACCCAACCCCGACUUCCUGAAGCAAACAAUUCCGCAUUUUCAGGGAAAUCCGGAUCUUGGGUUAGUUCAAGCGCGGUGGAGCUUCGUAAACAAGGAUGAGAACUUGUUAACUCGUCUUCAAUAUAUAAAUCUGUGCUACCACUUCGAAGUGGAGCAACAAGUGAAUGGAGUGUUCCUAAAUUUCUUCGGAUUUAACGGAACGGCGGGUGUUUGGCGAAUCAAAGCAUUGGAAGAUUCAGGAGGUUGGCUCGAGCGAACCACCGUCGAAGACAUGGAUAUCGCUGUUCGCGCUCAUCUCAACGGGUGGAAAUUCAUCUUCUUAAAUGAUGUCAAGGUCUUAUGCGAAGUUCCGGAAUCGUACGAGGCUUAUCGGAAGCAGCAGCACCGAUGGCACUCGGGUCCGAUUCACCUUUUCCGAUUAUGCCUUCCAUCUAUCAUAACAUCAAAGAUAUCUGUAUGGAAGAAGGCAAACUUGAUACUAUUAUUCUUUCUCCUAAGGAAGUUGAUUCUGCCAUUUUAUUCGUUCGUAUUGUUUUGCGUAAUCCUUCCGUUAACAAUGUUCGUGCCGGAGGCCGAAUUGCCUGCUUGGGUCAUCUGUUACGUGCCAAUUCUUAUGUCCUUCUUAAACAUAUUUCCCGCACCGAAAUCCUUUCCUUUUGUAGUUCCGUACCUCCUUUUCGAGAACACCAUGUCGGUUACUAAAUUCAAUGCUACGAUUUCUGGUUUGUUCAAACUGGGGAGUUCAUAUGAGUGGGUUGUCACUAAGAAAGCGGGCAGGUCGUCAGAAUCGAACCUAUUGGAUGCGGCAGAGAAGGAAACAAAGAAUCAGAUGACCAACAACAAAGUGAAGGAACAGGAAAAAGCUGCUUCACCUACUGCCAGAAAAGUUAACAAGAUCUACAAGAAGGAGCUGGCUUUGGCGCUUCUGCUUCUCACUGCAGCACUUCGGAGUCUUUUAACUGCUCAGGGGAUUCAUUUCUACUUCCUGCUUUUUCAAGGUGCAGUUUUUCUUCUCGUGGGUCUCGAUCUAGUCGGCGAGCAGUUGAGCUGAUGUGAAAGGGAUAAGUCUGAGAAGAGAAUAUACCAAGUUUGUUCUCGGUCGCAUACUCUAUACGUAAUCGGUGAAAUUGUUCGCAUUUACGUUGACGGUCUCGGAGAAAAUUUUAGUUUAUUUAAUUGAGAAAUUCCUUGUGGAUACUUCAGAUUCAGAGAAUGGAGAUCAUUUUAGCUCCUUUAGCUGUACUGUGUACUUAAAGAAGUUGAAAGGGACCCCAAACAAAGAGAAAAGAAAAGGUGGGGAAUAUAAAUGAUUAUGUUUGUUUACAUCUCAUUCAGAGACAGUAAAGUAUGUGUAAAAUUUUACUUGUAUAAUGUAUUGAUUCAGCUUCUUUUAAACCAGGAGGAUUUACUAAAAA